CCUCUGCUCGGACCCGCCGGAGAGGUGAGUGGCUGUCAAGAGAGCUGCCGUCCGUCCACAGGUCCACAGGUUAGGACAGAGCUCUGUAAAUGGGAAAAGAGAGGAGGAGCUGCGUCGUAUUUCUGCGUUUUUGGUUUUGGUUUUUUUGCGCUCAGACAAACCGGCGUGGGGAGAAUAUAGCAGCAUAAAAGUUUCAAACAUCUGUCUGUGCUGGACCUGAGCUGAGCUGAGGGCGACACCAGCGACAAGCGGCUUUUUUACUAGUGUUUACUCCAAGUUCACAGCAGUGAGGUUGCUAUGGUGAACAGCAGGGUGGAGGCGCCCACAGUGGCAGUGAUGGGCAGCGGCGGAGGGACAGCGGGCAGGUCAUGUGCAGGAUGUGGAGGUCGAAUCUCAGACCGCUUCCUGCUCUUCUCCAUGGAGCGAUACUGGCACACACGGUGCCUCAAGUGCUCCUGCUGCCACGCUCAGCUGGGCGAGUACAGCAGCACCUGCUACAGUAAAGGUGGCAUGAUCCUCUGCAAGAACGACUACAUCAGACUGUUUGGACACAGUGGAGCCUGCAGUGCUUGUGGACAGUCCAUACCUGCCAGUGAGAUGGUGAUGCGUGCUCAAGGCAGUGUUUACCACCUUAAGUGUUUCACCUGUGCGACCUGUAGGAACCGCCUCGUCCCAGGUGAUCGCUUCCACUACAUCAAUGGGACUAUCUUCUGUGAACAUGACCGGCCAGGAGGAGGCCUGCUCAGUGGACAUUCUGCUCCACUGCAGGCCAACAACAUUAUGCCUGACCAGAAGGUCUGCUGAGGAAGCAGAUGGAAAACCAAAUGUGUGCCUUCUCCCCCACUUUUCUCCUGUCUCAUCCUCACCUUCCUCCCCUAGCUGUAAGUCCUGCCAUUGGUUGACCUUCCUCUAUUCUGAUGGACUGUCACUCCACAGUGUGGAUACAUUCACUCCUGCUACUGGUUUAGAUUUUAUCUUCCCAACUGAAACUGGCUCUUUGACAGGACUUUGAGGAGUAAAAUUUGGACAAGUCCAGUGCUCUGUUGGAGGGAUGAGGAUGCUGAGACUGUUUGAAUCAAUUCAUACAGUAGACUGCUAUCUCUUGUGAACUGUGGCAAUAUUACAGAUCAGGAUUGGUGUGGCUGAACAAGGAACACUGUCAUGGAAUUAUCUCAUUUAUGCGACUCCAUUGGAAUGAUCUGUUGUCUUCACCCAGCCAGCUACUCACAGUGGACCUUGAAUGAGGAGGGAACACCAAAAGCAAGGUGACUCCUCCGGGACAUGAGCUGUGUUUCAAAAAACACACAGACUCCACAUUUGCUUUGACUGUUUUUUGGUUUGAGUAAAAAUUGUAUGGAGUUCUUUUGUUGAUUUUAGCUCCUAAGAGUUUCCUUCCACACUAUGAGACAACUGAACAAGAUCAAAUCUGUAUGGAUACUUAAAGAUUAUUACUCUGUGUAAUUCUCUGUGAAAUAUUCAAACAUGUUUGUUAGUGGGAAAGGGGAAGUGAUAGCUGCCUUGUGGUGGUAGUGUUUUCUAUCACAGACGGAUGAGGAUUGAAUUCUCCACACGAAAUCUGACAACAUGAAGGAACACACUUUUUUUUUCCUGCUUUAUGAACUAUAUACUACAUUCUCCAAAAGUGGCCGGACACUUAUUUACCUCUGUGGCAGAGACAACCAUGCCUUUAUCAAAGACAGCCCUUUAUUUUUAAUUACCCCAGUUCUCCAGAUAAGCUCAACACUUCCUCUGUAUUUGUUUUGUCUUGAUAAAUUCAUGAUUGUGUCCAUUUCUACAGCACACACUGCAUCAGUAGAACAAGCACUGGAUGGAUUGAAUUUGGUUGAAACAUUCAUAUCCUCAGAGGAUGAAGUAUGUUGACUUUAGGUUCCUCUUUACUCAUUGAAGAAUUUGCAGAAAAUAACAUAUUGGGAUUCAAUUUGCCAUAGAAUUUUCUAAAGUCAAGCUUCAGUUUAAUACUCACUGUCAUAGAUUGAAAACAUAUGAUGGAGCAUUACCACUUGAGUCAUCAUCAAAUGUGUGACUGUCACAAUAAGGAUGGCAUGAAUUUCUAAAACCAUUGAAAGAACAGUUUCA